AUGAGCAAGCUACCUUGCGCAGUGCCGAUGGCGAUCGUCCAGCCCGGUGUCCUUCGGUACAUCGUCCAGUGCUUGACCUCGACCAGGGACGUCUUGUCGCUGCUUCAGGCGCUGCCACGCGAUGCACUCGAUGCGUCGCUGGCGGCGCUUUGGACGCUCUUGUCGACACCCAGUGAGUACGAGGCCAAGCACUGGCCGCAGAUCUGCAUUGAAGACAUCAAUGGCCGAUACGCACCCACCGUACUCGCCGCGCUCCCGGUGUUUCGCUCGAUUCGCAUCAACAAUCUCGGUGAUCUCGACUACGUCCUACAAGCUGCGAGCAGUAACGUCGACGACGCUCCGUUGGCGUCAGCAAUUUUGCUCGCCGCCAAGUGGGGCCACAAGAUCGCGAUUUGUACCGUAGAUCGGAGGCUCGAUGGCUAUUGUCUUGACGACCUCAUCAACUUUUUCGGUCUUUGCACCGGCCUCGACGAAAUUCUCGUGCACCCGGACGAGCUCGACCAAGCUUUUCUCGCAGCGGUCCUUCACGCGGCGCAGCACGCCACGCGGUUAGAGUUCUCAUCGACCAAAGCGAGCGGGCUCGAGUGUGGCGACUGGCGACCGCUCCUUGCCGCGUGGCUUGCGUCCGGGCAUGCCACGCACCUUGGUCUCGAGGCCAUCUCGUUUGACGACAAUGAAGGUUUGGCAUAUGCCAUUGCCGCCGCGCCAUCGCUCGAUAGUCUCUCACUCGCCUACGCCAGCAGUGUGCUAAGAAGCUUCGUCCAUGAAGCUGUGCCGCUGCCGCACCUAACGCAGCUACAAUUGCAUCUGGACGACAACGACGGCGACGAUGUCUUCGCUGAGACGCUCUUGAGGGAGGGGAUUGAUGUCUCGGCACUUUGUGUCCUCAGUCUCGAGGCCGAUUUCGAGUGGGACGGCACCUUUGUUCUGGAGCUGCUGCCUGAUCUCUUGGCGCUGCAGGAGCUGUCGCUCACCGGCUGUUCACUCCAGUCGAUGCCCCCUUUGCACGUGCCACGCCACCUCAAAUUGCUCGAGCUGCAGGAAUGCGACAUGGACGAUGACGUGUGCUUGGAGCUCUUGGCGUGGGCGUCGCAGGCGCCAUGCCUCACGACUCUCCGAUUGGUCACGAUCUCGACGCCGCGGACCAACCCCGACCGCUUUGGUCGCUUUCUUCGCCAGUGGAUCCGUAAAGGUGUCGGUCGCAUCGAGAUUGUGCACUGCGACUUGAACGAAAAGAGUGGAUUCGCGAUUGCGUCGGCCCUUGGCAACACGCACCGAUCGUCGAAUCAUUUUGUACUCAAGCUGGAUGGUGACAACUUGAGUCUCCAGGUGUAUUACUCGCUCUUGGAGGCGCUCGCGACGUUGACCGACGCUGACGGCGUCGUGCAAGGCGUGGUCAAAGCCGUCGUGCCGCUCCAGUGCGUCACGGAGCUGCGACUCACCCUUCCCGAGGACGACGACAUUUACCCCGAGCCGUUGAUGCCCAACGUGAUGGAUCUCUCGGCGCUUCGUAUCCUCGAGCUCCCCUCGCCGUGCUAUUGGGACUGCACCUUUCUUCUGGCGCCCCUGCCGCGCCUCGUGGCGCUCGAAGAGCUAUUUCCGCCGCGGCCGCCAUUUUUACCCCGAGCAGCAGCAAGCGGCCUUGCUUCGCGCCAAUCUCGGGGCGUCCUCGUGCACAUUGCGCAUGGCUUGUCCUCAGCUCGCGACGUUCCCGCGCUGCUAAAGGCGCUGCCACUGGAGGCAUGCACCGCGCCAUUGGCGGCGCUUUAAACCCUCUUGUCGACACCGAAUGCCUUGGCUGUCGAGCACUGGCCACAUGUCUGCAUCGAAGAGAUGGAUCCACGCUACACAGCUUGCCGCGCUCCC